UCAAGUGCUCCCUCUGCCUCUUGAAGCUUCGUUUGAGCAUUUUUGAGCAUUUUUGGGCAUUGGCUAGGUUGGUUAAUUUCGUGCUAGCUAGAAAUGGCUACUUGGAAGUGCUUAGCACUUGUUGCUUUGCUUGUCUCCACAUGUAUGGUUGCGUCUGAAAGCAGGGUGGCAAGGAAGGACCUUGGUUUAGACCUGGGAGGUGUGGGGGUUGGGCUAGGUGUUGGGGUUGGAGUUGGGCUUGGUGGGAGUGGGUCAGGCUCUGGUGCAGGAGCUGGUUCGGGUUCUGGGUCCAGCUCCAGUUCAAGUUCUAGUUCAUCUUCAUCAAGUUCAAGUAAUGGAGGUGGCGGAGCAGGGUCAGAAGCAGGGUCCUAUGCUGGGUCCACGGCUGGAUCAGGCUCUAACUCCGGUGGAGGUUCUGGAUACGGUGGAGGCCAAGGUUCUGGUUAUGGCGGUGGGAGAGGAAAUUAGAAAAAUUAAUCACCCCUUCAUAAGUUACUUAUGUCUGAAGUUUGCAAGGUUGUUAGUCCUACUAAUAUGAAUAAAUAAGCGGAUGAUCAUGGUAAAACCGUUUGUUUGUGAAAUGAUCUUCCUUGGUUAGUGUUUGAUGUAUCUUAAUUUGUUCUUGGUUGUUUUGCGCUUUUAUAAUAAAAUCAUCCCUUCAUC